AUGGCGUCGGUGCAAGCUCCGCCUGCGGUGCAACCCCCAGGUGCGCCGAUGCCUGCCGGCGCAACCAAGCAACAAGCUGAGGAAGUCUUCAGGAAGCUGAAGCAGAUGAAAGAGCAAGGCGUCCCCCCAACGGACCCCGAAUACAUCAAGGCCUCCCACUUCUUGAUGAGCUUCCAGCAACAACACAACAUGCGCAGAAACCAACAACAGUUCAUACAACAGCAGCAGAUGCAAAAUGGUGUACAAACCGGCGGCCGGCCGCAACCAGGCACUCCUCAAUCGACGCAACCCAACGCUGCUUCGCAAGGAGGAGUAGCCUCUGCCUCGGCACAGACACCCGCCGCCGCUUCCACUGCAUCGCCUGCGUCGGGCUCUGGCUCAACCCAGUUCAGCCAACAACAGCUUGCUCUUUUGAGGCAACAGAUCCACGCAUUUAAGCUUCUUGGCAAGAAUGCUGGUGUGUCUGUCCAAUUGCAGCAGGCCAUCUUCAACCAAAGACAGCGUCGGCAGACCACUGCCAUUGAUAACGCCUCAAACUCUGCCAAGAACGCACAGCCGAGUCAAGAUGCGGAAAAGGCACCUUCAGCAGGGCCUGAAAUGGCAACCGAAGACGAAUCACCCAUCCCCAAGGCUCACACGUAUAAGACUGUAAAGUCGCCGUAUGGUACGAGUAUGAUUCGACCCUCGAUAAAAUAUCUUGACCAUGCGCAGCGCAAGAACCGGUGGUUCAUUCCCGGCGUCUUCCCGACUGGUAUUGACUUUGACCACCUGCGGUACGAGCGAGAAGUUGUCAUCUUCAAUCGAAUGAGCCAACGGUUUUCUCAGCUCAAAGACUUGCCGGCAAACUUGGCUCACUGGGAUUCCACAAAGGAGAUUCUCGAGGCCGAUGAUACACUGAAGCGAAAGGCCAUAAUUGAAAUGAAGAGCCUUGCUUUGUAUGCUAAGCAAAGGGCUUUGCGUGAAAAAAUUGGUCGACAGAUGAUGCAUUAUGAUAAUUUGGCCAUGACGACGAACCGAAGUCACUACCGCCGAAUGAAGAAGCAGAAUGUUCGUGAGGCUCGCAUCACUGAGAAACUUGAGAAGCAACAGCGUGAUGCGCGCGAAAAUCGGGAGAAGAAGAAGCACAGCGAUUUCUUGCGUGCCAUCUGUCACCACCGCGCUGAAAUUCAAGAGAGUGCCAAUUCUCAGAAGACCAAAUCACACAAGCUCAGCCGUCUCAUGUAUGCCCAACACUUUAAUAUUGAAAAGGAAGAACAGAAGCGCAUUGAGAGAACGGCCAAGCAGCGUUUGCAGGCUCUCAAGGCCAACGACGAGGAGGCAUAUCUCAAGUUGCUUGACCAGGCCAAGGAUACUCGUAUUACGCAUCUUCUCAAGCAAACUGAUGGUUUCUUGCACCAAUUGGCGUCUUCGGUUAAGGCCCAGCAACGCCAUGCUGCUGAGGCCUACGGUGAUGAUGCGGAGCCAUUUGUUGAGGAAGAGAGCGACGACGAGGAAGAGGAGAGUGGCAAGAAGAUUGACUACUAUGCUGUUGCACAUCGCAUCAGAGAAGAAGUCACUGAGCAGGCCAGCAUGUUGGUUGGUGGUACCUUGAAGGAGUACCAAAUCAAGGGUCUACAAUGGAUGAUAUCCUUGUACAACAACAACCUCAACGGUAUCCUUGCUGAUGAAAUGGGUCUCGGAAAGACGAUUCAGACCAUCAGCUUGAUCACCUAUCUCAUUGAGCGCAAGCUGCAGAGUGGUCCUUACCUCGUCAUUGUGCCUCUCAGUACCCUCACCAACUGGAACCUCGAAUUUGAAAAGUGGGCGCCGUCUAUUAGCCGAAUCGUCUACAAGGGACCUCCCAACGCCAGAAAACUACAGCAGGAGAAGAUUCGACAGGGCCGAUUCCAGGUUCUCUUGACCACAUACGAAUAUAUUAUCAAGGACCGGCCGAUUCUUAGCAAGAUCAAGUGGUUCCACAUGAUUAUCGAUGAGGGUCAUCGUAUGAAGAAUAGCAACUCCAAGCUCAGUGCUACUAUCCAGCAGUACUACGUAACUCGAUUCCGUCUGAUUCUCACGGGAACUCCGCUUCAGAAUAACCUGGCCGAGCUGUGGUCUAUGCUUAACUUUGUUUUGCCGAACAUUUUCAAGUCUGUCAAAACUUUCGACGAGUGGUUCAAUACUCCAUUUGCCAAUACCGGUGGUCAAGAUAAGAUGGAGCUCACGGAAGAAGAGCAAAUUCUCGUCAUUCGUCGUUUGCACAAGGUCCUGCGACCAUUCUUGCUCAGGCGUUUGAAGAAGGAUGUGGAGAAGGAUUUGCCCGACAAGACUGAAAAGGUCAUCAAGUGCAAAUUCUCCGCCCUCCAGGCCAAGCUGUACAAGCAAAUGGUCACACACAACAGACUGGUGGUGAGCGAUGGCAAGGGUGGAAAGACGAAUGCUCGUGGUUUGAGUAACAUGAUUAUGCAGCUCCGCAAGUUGUGUAACCAUCCCUUUGUCUUUGAUGAAGUUGAGAAUGUCAUGAACCCAAUGAGCAUCAGCAACGACUUGUUAUGGAGAACAGCUGGUAAAUUCGAGCUCUUGGACCGCAUCUUGCCCAAGUACCAAGCCACGGGCCAUCGCGUCUUGAUGUUCUUCCAGAUGACGGCAAUCAUGGACAUCAUGGAGGAUUAUUUGCGCUACAGAAAAUUCGAGUAUCUGCGUCUUGAUGGUACGACCAAAUCUGACGAACGAUCAGACUUGCUCAAAGACUUCAAUGCCCCCGACUCGAAGUACUUUAUGUUCUUACUAUCCACCCGUGCUGGUGGUCUUGGUCUUAACUUGCAGACCGCUGAUACCGUCAUCAUCUAUGACUCUGAUUGGAAUCCUCACCAAGAUCUUCAAGCUCAGGAUCGUGCUCAUCGUAUCGGCCAGAAGAACGAGGUGCGAAUUCUUCGAUUGAUCAGUUCGAACUCUGUCGAAGAGAAGAUCCUGGAACGUGCUAGAUUCAAGUUGGACAUGGACGGCAAGGUCAUUCAAGCCGGUCGAUUCGAUAACAAGUCUUCAGAAACUGACCGUGACGCUAUGCUUCGAACCCUGCUUGAGAGUGCUGACAUGGCUGAAAGCGGGGAACAAGAUGACAUGGAAGACGAGGAACUGAAUAUGAUGCUUGCACGUAGCGAUGAUGAAAUUACAGUUUUCCAGAAGAUUGACGAGGAGCGGGCUCGGGACCCUGUCUAUGGUAUGUCUGCUGGUACAAAGGCCAAGCCUAGACUCAUGGGAGAUGAUGAGCUGCCUGAUAUCUAUUUGAACGAGGGCAAUGUGGUUGAGGAGGAGACUGAGGACCUUGUACUUGGCCGUGGUGCUCGUGAACGUACCAAGGUGCGCUACGACGAUGGCUUAACAGAAGAACAAUGGUUGCUGGCUGUGGACGAUGACGAGGAUUCACCCGAGGCAGCCGCCGCCCGUAAACAAGCCCGAAAGGACAAGCGAGAGGCAAACAGGCUCAAGAAAGUGGCAAUUUUGAACUCGAUUGAUAACUCACCCUCAGCUAGUCGCGCGAGCACAGAAGAGAUUGAGACUCCAAAGAAGCGUGGCCGCAAACCUGGUAGCAAGAAUGAGAAACGCAAGGCGGAGGAUGGCGAUGAAGAACCCCCAGCCAAGAAGCGACGGGGUCCUCAAGGUCGACAGAGCAAGGGUGGCUCCGCUGCCGCCGAUUCCAGAGUCAGUCCUCAACAGCGUGAGGUUUUGCAAAAGAGCUUACGAGGCCUCUACGAUGCCUUGAUGAACCUGGAAGUGGACGACAUCGAACCGCCGGCUGAGGAUGACGAGUCGGAUGCUGGCAAGCGCCUCAUCAUCGGUCCGUUCAUCAAGCUGCCGCCCAAGAGGGACUACGCCGACUAUUAUGUGAUUAUCCAGAAUCCCAUCUGCAUGAAUCAUAUCCAGACGCGUAUCAAGAAGGAAGAGUACUCAAGCCUCAGUGACUUGCGAAAGGAUUUUCAACUCAUGAUCCGCAACUGCCAGACCUACAACGAGGACGGCAGCAUUCUCUAUCAGGAUGCCAAGACUAUGGAGGAAUUCUUUAACAAGAAGUUCCAAGAGGAACUAGAAGCUCAUCCCGAAUUGCAAGAGCUGGAAGAAGGGGGCAGCAAGGCCGGAUCUGCUGCUCCAUCGGGCCAAGGAGCAAGCACACCACAGCCAAGCGGUGGCACUAGAAUCAAGAUUAUUUCCAGCAGCGCGCGCGCCAGUGAGGCUGUCAACGGCGCCAAGUCGUCCGCCCAGAGCGACGAGGAAUGA